CAGAGAUAGAGCUGAGGCGACAAGAGUCCUUGUGAAAAGUCAAACAGCUGCAGAGUCUUCUGAGCUUUCCUCAGGUUCUCUUCCGUUUACCUUCCUCCCUGAGACGUGAAUCAGUCACAACAUGCUGGUCUCUCUGUUUCUUGCCCUCCUGGUGUCUUCUGUCAGUGCCACUGAGAAAGAUGGUGCUCUACCCAGGCUUAAUGACACAAAAGCUGUUGAGGCCUUUAUCGACUCUGCUGAAGUGGUGAUCAUUGGAUUUCUAGAGAGUGAGGAGAGUCGUGGAUAUAAGGAAUUCCUGGCAGCUUCAAAGCAAAUUGACUCUGUUCCUGCAGCCAUUUGCACAGUAGAAGAGGUGUGGGCUGACUACAGCAUCUCUUCAGACACCAUCGCUCUCUUCAGAAAAGCAGAUAACCAUCAGGAGAACCUUGUUAUCACCGAGACUAAGAAGUUAGAAACCGAUGGACUUGUUAACUUCAUCACCAUCAACGAGGUCCAAUACAUCACAGAGUACAACCAAGUGACAGCAGUUGGCCUGUUCAAUUCAGAGGUGAAGUCUCACCUAUUGCUCUUUGCCAUCAGGGGGACUAAAGAAUUUACUGAGCUCAAGGAGAAACUGAGAGCUCUGGCCCCGGAGUUCACAGGCAAGUUAUUAUUUGUGCUGAUUAAUGGAGCCGGAAAGUCCAACUUUAAGUCACUCAAGUACUUUGGCCUCACAUCAAAGGACCUCCCACGAGUCGGCAUCUAUGAUGGUAAUUCUGACAUGAAGUGGCUCCUACCUGAAGGAGAGAUUUCCACAGAGCGAGUGCGGGACUUCUGCCAGUCCUUCCUACGAGGAGAACUGAAAGAUGUGAAGCAGGCUGGAGAACAACCCAAAACGGAGCUUUAGGACUCAACAACUGUAAAUGUAUUAUUUUACUCUGAAUUAAAAAAUGUUAAUAAA